AGAGAGUCGGCGCCGGUCCUAUUUGGGUCGCCCAAGCAGCCAAAAGCUCGUUCGCAGCGGCUCUCAAAGAGGAAGAGAAACCCUCGCCUCGCCCGACACCCCGCCCCUGCCCCCUCCGUCGCUCGUCGUCCCUCUCCGUUCUCAGUUAUUCAGGCUAUGCUUGUUGUCACUUAGCUCUGGGUAAAUGGCCAACAAUCUACAGUCUUCUGGGCAACAGCUCCCAAGGCCUCCUGUAAUAGGUUCUACUGGUCUACCUCAAAAUUUUGGCCCCCCGACAGCUAUGCAGUUUAGGCCAAUGGUUCCAACUCAGCAAGCACAUCAGUUCAUCCCACCAGCCUCGCAACAGUUUAUGCCUGCUGGACAAAGCAUCCCCGGGCAAGCUCAAAUGCCCCAUUUUCCUCAACCUACGCAGCAUCUACCCCAACCGGGUCAAGGUCCUCCUUCAUCACAAGCAAUACCAAUGCCAUAUGUUCAUCCAAAUAGACCUAUGCCAACUGGGCCACUACAGACCCAACAAGUUGCUCAGGUGCCCAACGGUCAUUUGCCUAAUGUAGGUGGUCCUAUGCCUCUUUCUUCAUCUUACACGUUUGCAACUUCAUAUGGGCAGCCACAAAAUACUGUCAAUGCCCCGCUGCAGUAUCAACCAGUGUCUGGUACGCCUACCAUCGGACAGCCGUGGGCUGCGCCUGGGGCUCAAAGUGUACCUCUUGUUACACCUCUAGUGUCGUCUGUGCAACCAUCUUCAGCUCCACCUGCUGCAGCUCCUAAAAUGGAUUCCCAACCUAGCUCUAGUGAACCUGUUCCUUCUGACUGGCAAGAGCACACUUCUGCUGAUGGAAAAAAAUAUUAUUACAAUAAGAAGACUCGACAAUCUAGUUGGGAGAAGCCUUUUGAGUUGAUGACGCCUACUGAGAGGGCUGAUGCAUCAACUGUAUGGAAGGAAUUUAUCACUUCGGAGGGAAGAAAAUAUUACUACAACAAAGUAACAAAGCAGUCCAAAUGGACAAUUCCUGAUGAAUUGAAGUUAGCUCGUGAGACGGCGGAAAAAGCGGCAAAUCAGUCAGCAGGUCAAGAAACUGGGGCAGCUUCAGCUGUUUCUUUGACCGAGAUCCCUUCCACCUUGACAAACGUGCAAAAUCCUGCAGCAGCUUCUGUGGCAGCUUCAAGCCCAGUUGCUGUGACAGUCAAUUCUGUGAUUCCACCUGCUAAUACGACUUCAGCAUCACCGUCUGUUUCUGGCACACAUUCUACCGAAAUCCCUUCUAAUUCUUCCUUGGGACCAACAAACACACUUGGCAUUUCACAUCCUGGUCCUCCUCCAACUACCUUACCUGCUUCAGGUAUUGCGAGUUCAGAGGUUUCAUCCAUUACACUUGAUGCUGCGACAACUGUAUCUCGGAGUAAUCACGACAGUCCGUCUCUAACAAGCAUUACUAAUGUGACAGAUGGAACUUCUGCUCAAGAGUUGGAGGAGGCCAAGAAGGCCAUGCCAGUCAUUGGAAAGAUUAAUGUCACUCCAGUGGAGGAAAAAGUAGUUGAUGAGGAACCUAUGGUUUAUGCUAAUAAGCAGGAGGCAAAACAUGUGUUCAAGACCCUGCUGGAAUCUGCAAAUGUUGAAUCUGAUUGGACUUGGGAACAGACUAUGCGAGUUAUCAUUAAUGACAAGAGAUAUGGUGCUUUAAAGACACUUGGAGAGAGAAAGCAGGCAUUUAAUGAGUACUUGGGCCAAAGGAAAAAGCAGGAAGCUGAGGAGAGGCGGAUUAAACAGAAAAAAGCCCGAGAAGAUUUUACGAGAAUGUUAGAAGAAUGCAAGGAACUUACAUCAUCACUCCGAUGGAGUAAAGCAGUUACCAUGUUUGAGGAUGAUGAGCGGUUCAGUGCGGUAGAGCGUGCUAGGGACCGCGAGGAUCUAUAUGAGAGUUAUAUGGUGGAGCUUCAGAAGAAGGAAAGAGCAAAGGCUGCUGAAGAGCAUAAAAGGAAUAUUAUGGAAUAUAGAGCUUUUCUUGAAUCAUGUGACUUUAUCAAGGCAAACACCCAAUGGAGAAAAGUUCAAGAUCGGCUGGAGGAUGAUGAAAGAUGCUCUCGACUUGAAAAAAUUGAUCGGUUGGAGAUUUUUCAGGAGUACAUACAUGACCUGGAGAAAGAAGAAGUGGAGCAGAGAAAGAUACAGAAGGAACAAAUAAGGCGACUUGAGCGUAAGAACCGUGAUGAGUUUCGCAAGUUGAUGGAAGGACAUAUUGCUACGGGUGUUCUUACUGCAAAAACACACUGGCGUGAUUACUGCAUGCAGGUCAAGGAUUCAGCACCCUACUUGGCCGUAUCGUCAAACACAUCUGGUUCGACUCCAAAAGAUCUGUUUGAAGAUGUUGCAGAGGAGCUUGAUAAACAGUAUGAUGAGGACAAGGCCCAAGUUAAGGAGGCUAUGAAGGUUGGAAAGAUUGUUUUGGCCUCUUCCUGGACUUUUGAGAACUUCAAAUCUGCUAUUUCAGAGGAAGGUACUCUUAAAGGAAAAGGAAUAUCUGAUAUAAACCUCAAGCUUGUAUUCGAUGAGUUAAUGGAAAGGCUAAGGGAGAAGGAGGAAAAAGAGGCUAAAAAGCGCCAACGUCUUGGAGAUAAUUUUUCUGAUCUCCUCUACUCGAUCAAAGAAGUGACAGCAUCUUCAAAAUGGGAUGACUGCAAGUCACUUUUUGAAGAUAGCCAAGAGUACAGGGCCAUUGGAGACGAGGCAUUUGCAAAAGAGAUUUUUGAAGAGUAUAUUGCACAGUUACAAGAAAAGCUGAAAGAGAAGGAACGCUUGAGAGAAGAAGAGAAGGCUAAGAAAGAAAGAGAAAAAGAAGAGAAAGUGAAAAAAAAGGAGAAGGAGAGAAAGGAGAAAGAGAGAGAGCGUGACAAAGAAAAGGGAAAGGAUAGAUCCAAGAGGGACGAAACAGAGAGCGAAACUGCUGAUCUGGACAGCCAUGGUUCGAAGGAUCGAAAAAGGGAGAAGGAUAGAGAGAGAAAAUACCGAAAACGCCAUCAUAAUGCACCUGAUGAUGGAAGCUCUGAAAAAGAUGAGAAAGAAGACUCUAAGAAGUCACGGAGGCAUAGCAGCGACCACAAAAAAUCUAGGAAGCAUGCAUAUGCUUCUGAUUCGGAUAGCGAAAAUAGACACAAAAGGCAUAAGAAAGACCGAGAUGGAUCCCGUAGAAAUGGUGCACAUGAGGAGCUCGAGGAUGGGGAACUCGGAGAAGAUGGGGAAAUCCGUUAAGUUUUUGUCACCUUUAUAGUUGUUAGUUAUUCAGCAUGUUCUUCGCCGGCAACUUUCCUCACUAUCUGUUCCAUGCAUAGCUUUGUCAGUGAGUUACCUAUGCUAGACGUUAUGCAAUGAUUAACUACAUUUCUGUUUUGUCAUUGUAAUCAACCUUUUCCUGUACCUUUUUACUUUCUGCAAUGUUGGCUUUCAUUUAUAAACUUCUUAAUGAAAGUAUAAUCUAGUUACUCCA